CUCAGAGCCGGGGGAACGGAGAGAUAAAACUGGGCGCUGACGCUCGCCUGAAAAACACACCCACGGAAGCUCUAAGAUCCAGCCGCUCCCGCGGGCUACUCCCAGUUUCCUAGGAAGGGAGGAAGGGAGGGGGAAAACUGCCCCCGGCUCACCGCCCGGUAGACAGCGAGCCCUGCACACUCCCACAGCCAGAACUGCCGUCAGCGGGCACCACAGCCCCAGAGGGCGGCACCCCUGACGGCAGAGUCCGCAGUCGCUCAGUCCAGCUCCGCCUUCCUUCCUUCGUCCCUCCCCGUCCCGCCCAGCUCCGCUAUGUGCGCGGCUGCGCCUUUCCAGCCCGGUUUUUUUCCCGUUGCGGCUGCCGCUCUGGAGGUUGGUUGGCAGCGGGCCGUGCUGCCCAGCUGGCGCUCCGCCAUGUGGCUGCUGACCACCGGAGCGGUUCUCGCCGUCUUGGGCAAAGGUUCCACCGAGCUGCGGUUUGACGCAACGAAAUUUGUUGAGAAAUACGCCUGUAAUGAUGUAGUUAUUUUACCUUGCAUUGUGACUAACCUCCGUGAGUCCAAUGUUAGCAAGAUGCAUGUUAGGUGGAUGGUAGAAGAUCGAGUCGUUUUUGCUUUUCAUGGACCAAAUCAGAGCUAUUACAGGGACCCGUCACUUCCAUCGGCUGUCUUUGCUGCUGAGGCGGAUUUAGCUAAGGGUGAUGCCUCGCUACAACUUAAAAGUUCAGAAGCAAAGGAUGCAAAUUACACCUGUGAAGUAACAGAAUUAAACAGAGAAGGUGAAACAAAGGUGGAACUUAGAACUCGCACGGGUGAGUUACCUGUCAUUUUUAUUUUUAUUUUUUUCAUGACAUGUUGGGAGUGAAAGACAAGAUCUUGUGGGAAAGGGAAAUUAAUGAAUGUCAAAGUGUUAUUUAUUGAAACUGAAAAUACCCAGAGUGUAGCAUCUGGGCUUUUUAGCUUGAAUGCUGUUGUGUAUUAUUUUGUUUUAAGUUAGAGGGGAGUGCCUCUGGGGGAAAGAUCUGAACAUGUUAGUAAUGGCUGAAGAUUUUGAUGAGGUUGGAAAUGGUACUGCUAGGUGCUAAGUCAUCACAGAAUCACAGAAUGACCCGGGUUGGAAGGGACCUCAAGGAUCAUGUAGUUCCAACCC